CUUCCGGUACGUGGUUGGAGCGCAGCGUGCGUUCCACGUGAAAAUCUGAGCUCUAACUGCAUCCGCGAGUCGAACGGUUACCAAGAUGGAGUUUUGGAUCUAUUUAACAUGAAGUCCACAUAUUUAGCAUUGUUCUAGCUUAGAUCAGUGAGAGCAAAGGCAUCUGGAGAUAUGUCCAAGCAAACAGAAGAUGUGAAAUGGUUGUCCAGCCUUUCCAGUUCUCCUGUUCUGUUAAGCCUUGGGCCCACGUACCAUUUUGGUGAAGGUGCUACAGGUUUUGCCUCAGAUUUCAGUAGCUCUCAGCCAGGCGAUGUUUACAACUUGUUGGAUCAUGAACUUCUCAAUGCCAUACUCAGGUGUUCUCCUACUGUAAGUCAAGGGAUCUGUACGAGUUCAUAUUUAAAGCACCUGGUCUCCCUCACCCUUCAGCGACAAAUCCUUUCCUUGACAAGGGAUUUCUCUGUCUCUUUGAAGAGUACAAAUGAUUUAAUUCUGCUAUUGUGCGCUCAGUUGCAGCAGCGAACCAUUAAGACAGCAGAACUUCAGCAGCUGUGCAUGGGGCUGCGGGAUCAGAUACGCCAUACUGCAGCAUUUCAAAAGAAAGUUAGUGGGAAUUGCUGGCUGCGCCUUAAAUCGUCUACUGUACUUCAGACCACUAGAGAUAUGCAGAGGAUUCUGACCCAGCGCUGCGUCCAGGCUGCACUUCUCACAGAACAAUGUGUAGAGUCUGUUUUGAUCUGGGUUUCGAGUGGACCCAUGCAAGAUACAGGAGAGCUUGCCCAGUCUCUGACUGUCUACAACCAUGUGGUAUCGGAGGUCUGGAAGUGGUCAGACCCGUGGAAGAGACCAGAAAUGUUCCCACUGUCCAGAGUUGUUGCAUUGCUUGCUGAGAAGAGGGGCCUAGCUCUGGCACAAGUAUUCUGCCGUUCUCUGUGUCUACAAGGUGUGGACAUUGGUAUAAGAAGUGAGAUGGGCCAUGCAGCUCAAUGGCAGCCCUUUGUUGGGUCUGGUCAAGCAUUAGUCACUCUCAUUCAGGAAGACUGGUUUCAAAUAUCCACUCUUUUGCAGACAUUUGUAUGUUCUGACCCAAGCAUGUGGCAUCCCAGUCUAAACAGGCCUACGUACAAUGUUCAUGGCUCAGACAUGGAUGUGUCUGCAUCCUAUUCUUAUCACCUGUGGCCAUCAGUUUGCACUCACAUUUAUGGUGCUUUAUAUGAAGGAUUGAGACAGUCAGAGUUGCUCCCAGCCUUGUCAGCAUGUGGACAGGCUGUAUCUCUGCAGGUGAUCAAUACUCUGCAUGAUGUAUUGGCAUCAGCCGCAGUACCGGAGCAGUGCCGACUGGAUUACCAAAGGCUAUUCGCUUGUCUCCUCUCUACCUGCGUGUUUAUCACCUGGGAUCAAAGGGUUUGUCAGGCUCUGAGCUCCGCCAUUAAUGAUAAAUGUGUAGCACAGAGCUCCUCUGAUGUAUAUAGCCGAACAGCCGGGAUUCUGAGCGAUGUCUGCCACCAGCUUUCUCUUACACUUCAUAGACCAGCCGUACUGGGUUCCAUGGCUGAAGACCUGGUUCUCAGUCGAUGUGUAGUCUCUAUACAGCUCUGCAGUCUGUGGCUGAGAUCUCGCACUCAACAUUGCUUAUCCACAGGAGCACUUGGCAACUUAGUGCUGCUUACUCACGGAGACAUGCCUGCCUUGCAGAAAGAGUCCAUGAGACUUUACAUUCCAGAUACUGAAACCGAAAGCAAGAAAUGGCUCCAAAGCCACAAACUUCGUCUACAGAUCCAUGCAGCAAGAACCAACAUGGAGGAUUUGGCAGUCUCUCUCCCUCACUCGCUGGGGUUGGCAUGUGAGCGACAUGCUAGUCAGGUUUUCCAGAAAAUGAUGCCAUGCGGCCGUCACUGGCGUGGCAGGUUCAACUCUGAUUUAGGUAUCACUCCUAGUGAUUAUGCCAUCUUUGCCAAUCAAACUGUGCUGACCCCAGUUCUGGAUGGAAUGAACAUGAUGACUGUGGAUCGACAGAUCUGUGUGCUGUCUGUAACCCUCACUAGAUUCAUGGAAGCCUGGAUGGGACACAUCCUACGGGAAAAACUCCGCUUCAGCCUGCAGGGAGCUCUUCAGCUGAGAUGUGACUUUGAGAGUGUUCGUGGUUUGCUGCGGUCUCCAAGUUCAGGGCUUCCUUUAGAACUGAUUGAAGUUGCCUUGUCUCUCCCCGUGUUCCAGCAGUCAGAGAAUGCCAUCAUGUGUCUCCUGCAGCAGCCGUCUCGCAAGGCUUACCUUCCGUCUCGUACUUGCCCCCUUCUGUUGUGCUGCCCUCUGCCCUGCCGAGCAGCCGUGGAGACCAUGUCUGACAGCCUGCAGAGUCUAGACAGCCUAGAACGCAGAGCGUGGUCAACGCGCCGUUCUGCCAACUUGUCGCAGCACAGCCAUGACUCCUACCUACCUCACAGUCAGCAGCAAUGGCUGUCUCUGCGUGUGCACAAACGCUGGGAUGGACUGCGUGUACCUUGGGAAGGCCAGGAGAUGUCGGCUAGCUGACAGGCUGCACCCAGGCAAAUGCCAGCAGGGGAUCUAUGUUAACAUUACAGUAAGGGUUAUUCUAAAUGGCCAACAGGUUCUGAAACCAAUCUCAAUCACGAGACCUCAUCCAAGACAGAAGGAAUUCUGAGAGCCAGGUUUGUCUCAUAGAGGGAUUAUAAGUGAUGGGAGA